AUGCCGGAUAUCAAGCCUCUGCCUGGUCCAAGCCGUUCUGUUCCGAGCUGGUCCGGGUUUUACGAGCUGCGGGCUCUGCGGACUCCCCUCUCUCUCUCUGCGCAGGUGGACAGGGGGCUGUGCGAGGAGGUGGUGGUGCUGAAGGUGCCGGGCCUGCCGGGGAACCGGCUGGUGUUUGCGUGCACGGGUCCCGUGAACCGGGACUACGAUGACAUCAGGAGGUUCAGCGACGCGGCGGUCUCUGGGGUCAAGAGGGCUGUGAAAGCUGGUGUGCAGCGCCCUCUGCUGGUGUGUCCCCCUCACAGCAGCUAUGCGGAGAGCCCCCUGGUGGCCGUUCUGGGUGCUCUGCAUGCUCUCUAUGUGCCACUGGAGCUGCGGGAGGCUGCAGUAAUGGAGAAGGACCACAAGGUGGAGACACUGGGGGUGUGGGUGCCUGAGGAGACGCAGGGCAGGAGGAUCACGCAUCUGGCCACUGCGCUGGAGAGUGGCCGGGUGGUGUGCCGUGACAUUGGGGGCUCGGACCCGGAGCGCAUGGCGGCCCCCCGAGUGGCGCAGUAUGUCCAGGACCUCUUCAAGGGCACCGAGGUGAAGGUCAGCGUCAUCAGCCACAUCGGGGAGCUGCAGAAGGAGUACCCCUGCUUGGCGGCGGUGAAUCGCUGUGCCAAUGCUGUUGUGCGCCACCAGGCCAGAGUCAUCAAGCUGGAGUACUGUGGAGAGGGGCCUAUAGAGAACACCCUGCUGCUGGUGGGAAAGGGUAUCACCUACGACACCGGGGGAGCCGAUAUCAAGGCUGGGGGUGUGAUGGCAGGCAUGCACCGUGACAAGUGUGGCUCUGCCGCUGUGGCUGGCUUCUUCCAGGUACUGGCAGAACUGAAGCCCAAGCAUCUGAAGGUUCUGGGUGCCAUGGCGAUGGUUCGGAACAGUGUCGGGGCAGACUGCUACGUGUCCGACGAGCUGAUCGUGUCCCGCGCGGGCCAGCGCAUUCGCGUGGGGAACACGGAUGCUGAGGGCAGGAUGGUGAUGGCCGACCUGCUGUGCGAGAUGAAGGAGAAGGCCGUAUCCGAAGUCGCCCCCGAGAUCUUCACCAUCGCCACCUUGACUGGACAUGCCAUCCGAGCCAUGGGCUCAGACUACUCUAUAAUCAUGGACAACGGAGAGGCCCGCAAGGCAGGCAACGCCCACCAGUGGCAGCAGGGCUGGACAAGCACGGCACGGACUCCGAACAGCCUCUGCGUUACUCCCACAUCGACAUCGCCGGCUCCUCCGGCCCUUUCCCAGGAAUCCCGACCGGAGCGCCGAUCCUGGCCAUGGCCACACGCUACGUCCUGCCCUGCCUCUGAGUGUCUGUCGGAGCAGGGUGAAUGACAAGACGUUUUUGCUGUUUGUACACGUAAACGGUUCGCAGAGCGUGUGUGUGUGUGUCCGGAGAAAAACUGGAUCCUCAACACGAUGCAAUAAAAAGGCCUAAAUGAUGAAA